AAGCGCUAAAGCAGAAUUUUCACAGGGCCGAAAGAGAGAGAAAAUCAAAUGCAAUCGAAAAUUAGCAGCUUCUUCAAGCCCUCUUCUUCUACUGCAGACCCAUCCCAAUGUUGCAGUGUUAUGUUUGAUUAUGGGAGGUUACAGCCAGAAAUUGUUGUUACUUACCAGCGCAGACCUCAAAAUUCAAUUGGUGAAAUCAAUGGUGCAUCAACUGGUGAAGCAUCCAAGGAAAUAGACUUGGGGAAAUUUGCGCCAGACCUGGGGGUGGCAAAGUCUGGGAAAGUUUUGAAUAAGAAGAGAAAGUACGCCCAAUUUUAUUUGGAACUGGGUCAGUCUGAUUUUUUAUUGCAUACUUGUACCAUCUGUGGCUUCAAGUAUGCCAGAGGUGAUGAAGGGGAUGAAAAGUUUCAUAAGACGUUUCACAAGAAUUAUACGCAUGGUAUUCCAUUUAAGGGUUGGCGGAAUGAAAGAGUUCUUCAAAUUCCUCCACUUGAAAUUGGACGAAUUAUCUUGGUGCUGGACGAUGACCCUCCUCCUCAGAGAAACAAGGUACAGGAAGUUGUGAAGAUGAUGGAGAUGGAACUUGGAGAUGGGUGGAUAUAUCAUCAGCUAUGCAAGGUUUAUCUGUUUAUAUCUUCUCAAAGAAUAUCUGGAUGUCUGGUAACAGAGCCCAUAAAGAAGGCGUAUAAGAUUCUCUCAAGAUCAGAAGGCAGCAGGUGUAAGGUUUCACCUGAGAAGGAAGCAAGACGGACUUCAACCACACUCCAAUUUGGGGGAGUGAGUUUCCAAAGGGAAAUUGUAAGAAUAAAUCAAUCAACCAAAAGCCAUGAAGAGUCUGAUAGUGGAGUAAUCUUGUGUGAGAAGGAAGCUGUAUCUGCUUUAUGUGGCAUUAGAGCCAUUUGGGUCAGUCCCUCCAACAGAAGAAAACAUAUUGCCAGCUAUUUGCUGGAUGCUGCUAGGGGAACCUUUUGCAAGGAUUUAGUUCUUAAACGCUCAGAGUUAGCCUAUUCUCAGCCAACCUCAGUUGGAAGGGCCUUCAUAUCCAGUUAUACAAGCAGUGACUCUCUCUUUGUUUAUACAACUUCUGAUCUGUAGUAAGGGUUUAAGAAAUAGCAUGUUGGUUUUUUUAUGCCAAGUAUAUUUCAGUUAGCCUAGUAAUUUACUGGAUAAUCCAUCUAUGUUCAUGUGUGGAAACUUAUUGAUAUUUCUUUGUUUUGACUGGAGCAGACAAAGCUAUUCUUUCCCAAUAUAUUACAUGGUUAAGUUAGAGUCUGGCCAAGCUCUGUUACAGGGCGUUUUUUUUAUGCCAAGUAUAUUUCAGUUAGCCUAGUAAUUUACUGGAUAAUCCAUCUAUGUUCAUGUGUGGAAACUUAUUGAUAUUUCUUUGUUUUGACUGGAGCAGACAAAGCUAUUCUUUCCCAAUAUA